AUGGCAUCCAUACAAGAACCAAAAAUCGUUAACAUCGGCACACGGCGCUCGCAAUUGGCCAUCGCCCAAGUCGACAUGAUUGUCAAACACCUCGAAACUCAUGCACCAGGCCCGUCCUACAAAUCCCAAGUGGUCAGCACAAUGGCCGACGAGAACCAAGUCAAAUCAUUCCAAGAGUUCAAUGCCAAAAGCAUCUGGACCGAGGAAUUGGAAAAACUGUUGAUGGAAAAGAAAUUGGAUGUGAUUGUUCACUGCUUGAAAGAUGUACCGACAGUCCUGCCUGACUCUUGUACUCUCGGUGUCAUUUGCGAACGCGAAGACCCUCGCGACGUAAUGGUCAUCAAGCAAGACUCAACCUACAAGACUUUACAAUCGCUUCCUUCUGGCUCUAUCGUUGGCACCUCUUCGGUGCGCAGAAAAGCCCAGAUCAUGAGACACUAUCCGCAUUUGAUCUGUGAGGAUGUCAGAGGCAACCUCAAUACCAGAUUAAGGAAAUUAGAUGCUGAAGAUAGUCCUUAUGCGUGUUUGAUCCUUGCUGCUGCGGGGUUGAAGAGGAUUGAUCUUGGAUAUCGGAUCACGCAGUAUUUGGGUCCUGAGGAUGGGAUGUUGUAUGCGCCUGGGCAAGGUGCGUUGGCAUUGGAGGUUAGAGAGGGUGAUGAGCAGACUAUGGCAUUGUUAAGCUCGUUGUCUCAUCAGACAACGACAUUGGCGUGUCUUGCGGAGAAGAGUCUUCUAAGGACGUUGGAGGGUGGAUGCAGCGCACCCGUGGGUGUGCACACCGACUGGGAAGGCGAUGUGUUGGUCUUGCAUUCUACCGUGACCAGUCUCGACGGUAAGCAGAUGGUAGAGAUGAACAUGAAGCGUGUGGUCAAGACCAUAGCUGAAGCAGAAGCUCUUGGAAAAGAGUUGGCGGAUAACAUGAUAGCGCAGGGCGCAAACACGAUUCUGGAAGAAAUCAGAGCUGGCCUCAGAUAA